AUGGAACAUCAAAAAUCUAUAACACUAACAAAAGAUUCAAAGAAGAAUUGUAAUUUUGGAAUAUUAAAUACACUUGAAUUAUCAUGGUAUCAUCUAAAAAUCCCGGAUGCUUUUCGAUUAUUUUGGGUGAUACAAAUACUGAACCAAGUUCUAAACCUGCCGACUAAUACAGAAAUAAAUAAUUUUACUUUCUUUGAAGUUGUGAAGUAUUUGAUAAUUAAAGGAUGCGACACAUGUACAGCAGUUUUGGGAAUGACAAGCUUUGUAUCCUACAUUUUUAAUCAUAUUUUAAGAGCAUUAUUCCAAUGGGUGCUCCUGAUUGAUGAAGUGGAUUAUGGAAAACAAUCAGCAAUAUUAUUUUUUAUACUAGCUAUGCAAUCUGGACUAACAGGCUUAGAUACAGAAAACCGUUGGAUAAAACUAUUAGAAAAUAUUCAUUUAGUUUCUCUUACAUUGCAGAAUUACAUCUUUGAUACUGUUUAUCAAUUAUUAAUAAAUUUGAAUGGUUCUCACAGCUACAGUCGUUCACUUAAUAAGCAUUCAAGAGCUCUUACAGUUUGCGGAUUUCUUAUAGUGAAUGGAGGAACUACGAUAUAUUAUUUGUGGUCGUUUUACCAUUCAGUUAGUCCUGGGCUACUAUCAGUUACUGUUAUGAAUAUUUCACUUAUUUUAAGAGUAUUGGUGUCGUUAUCUGUUUACUCAUUAUUAUUAAUUAAUUCCAAUCUCUCAACAUUCUGGGAAGAUAUGGAUGAUUAUGUGUUCUAUAUUAAUUUCCUUGGCAUUAUAUUGCAAUAUGGUUUUGGGUUCUUUAUUCUUCUAAAUGAUGUUUAUGAUUUGAUUUUUGUAUCUGGUGGUGUAAUCUUUGCAUUCACAAUCUGUUUUCGAGUAUGUAUCAAAGUUGGUUAUGAGAGGAAAAAUUGGAGAAUACUCAUGAAACACUAUACAGUUGGGAAAAAAAUUAAAUCAUUACCAGAUGCUACUAGUGUUCAAUUAUCUGAGUUAGAUGAUGUUUGUGCCAUAUGUUAUCAAAAAAUGAUAUCUGCAAAAAUAACUAGAUGCAAACAUUUUUUCCAUGGUAACUGUCUGCGUCAAUGGAUCUACAUACAGGAUCAGUGCCCUUUGUGUAAAAGUAUUUAAAACAAGGCAGAAAUGUAAAAAUAUGUCCAGACUCAGGAUACAAGAUCCACUGACAAGAUCUUCAACAUUUUAAUGAUGCUGAUAAUUCUUAGUUACUUACGAUUGAUUAGAUUUUAUCAUAAACUUUUACUUAAUUGAUGCAUUAACAACUUUACCAUAACAUCAAAAACCAUUUAAUUUAAAAAAAGUAAUUUUUGAUUUUUUGAGUGUUUAUUGUUCUAUUAUAUUGCUCAAA